CCUAAUCUAUUUCGUCACAAUAUAAAUACCUCAACUGAAUUACGUACAGAAUUUUUCUUGAGUUUUCGCGGCACGAAGAACCGAAGAAAAUGGGAAAAGGAACCGGAAGCUUUGGAAAGAGAAGGAACAAGACUCACACGCUAUGCGUUCGAUGUGGACGACGGAGCUUUCAUCUCCAGAAGAGCCGUUGCGGUGCCUGCGCCUACCCUGCCAGCCGCAUCCGAAAGUAUAACUGGAGUGUGAAGGCUAUUAGAAGAAAGACUACUGGAACCGGUCGAAUGAGGUACCUCCGACAUGUUCCUCGAAGGUUCAAGACUGGGUUUAGAGAAGGUACUCAAGCAACUCCAAGGAAGAAGGCAGCUGCAGCUGCUACAUAAGUUGAUCGUGGUGUUUUGUUUUGUUGCCAGGGAACCCCGAUUCGACAAACGGUAACUUCUGGGUUUCUCUCAACGAUGUGGUACUUUUUAUUUCCAAAACAAUGUCUACAAGCAGUAAGUUUUGUUUUAUUAUGAAUCUGUGCAUUAUUCAGAACAAUUUUAUCUCCAUCUCUGUGUUAUAAUAUAUGCAGACCGAUAGAUGAUCUUGCAUCACUCA